AAAGAAAAGCGAUGAACAGGAAAAUCUUUAAAUUACAACUGCUUUCUGCAGAAGAAUUUUACUUAGAAAAAAAAAUAUUCAGAUGUGGAAAAACGGCCAACGUCUGCGUCAAGAGACCAGGAACCCGAAAUGCCUGAGGUUUGUCGGCGGAGAACUGAAUAUCUGUUACAAUGCUGUUGAUCGUCACGUUGAGAAUGGACGAGGAGACCACAUUGCCAUUAUUUAUGACAGUCCUGUAACAAAUACCAAAGAGAAAAUAACUUAUAAGGAGCUCCUUGAACAGGUGUCCAAGUUAGCUGAUGUCAUGGUCAGACAUGGUGUGAAGAAAGGAGACCGAGUGGUCAUCUAUAUGCCCAUGAUUCCACAGACAGUGUGCUGCAUGCUGGCAUGUGCAAGAAUAGGAGCCAUCCAUAGCCUGAUUUUUGGUGGAUUUGCAUCAAAAGAGCUCUCUGUUCGCAUUGAUCAUGCAAAGCCCAGACUUAUCGUAACAGCAAGUUUUGGAGUAGAACCAAAAAGGAAAGUGGAAUACAUAUCACUCCUAGAAGGAGCACUGGCAAUGGUACAGAACAAACCUGAGAAAGUUCUCAUUUACAGGCGACCGAACUUGGGGCAUGUUCCUCUAACUCCAGGUCGUGAUCUUGAUUGGGAAGAAGAGCUUGCAAAAGCACAGUGUUACAAAUGUGUCUCUGUUCCUUCAGACCAUCCUCUUUAUAUUCUAUAUACAUCUGGAACAACAGGCUUGCCCAAGGGUGUUAUCAGACCAACAGGUGGCUAUGCAGUUAUGCUGAACUGGACAAUGUCAGCUGUAUAUGGACUCAAACCUGGUGAGGUGUGGUGGGCAGCUUCUGAUUUAGGCUGGGUAGUUGGUCAUUCUUACAUUUGCUAUGGACCUCUUCUUCAUGGGAAUCCUACAGUCUUGUAUGAGGGGAAGCCUGUGGGAACACCAGAUGCUGGUGCCUAUUUCCGCGUGCUAGCAGAGCAUGAAGUAGCUGCCUUCUUUACUUCACCAACUGCAAUUAGAGCAAUCCGUCAGCAGGACCCCGAGGCAGCCCUGGGAAAGCAGUACUCUCUAAAAAGGUUCAGGAUGUUGUUUGUAGCCGGUGAGCACUGUGAUGUGGACACACUAGAAUGGUCAAAAAAAGUCUUCAAGGUACCUGUCUUGGACCACUGGUGGCAAACUGAAUCUGGUUCUCCAAUAACUGCUUCUUGUGUUGGUUUGGGGAACUCUACAAUGCCUCCACCCGGACAGGCAGGAAAACCAGUGCCAGGAUACAAUGUGAUGAUUCUGGAUGAAAAUAAGGAGCCAGUGAAAGCGAAGACUUUAGGAAAUAUUGUGGUAAAAUUACCUUUGCCUCCUGGAGCAUUCUCAGGACUUUGGGAAAAUCAGGAAGCAUUCCACAAGUUAUAUUUCCAGAAAUUUCCAGGAUAUUAUGAUACUAUGGAUGCAGGCUACAUGGAUGAAGAUGGCUAUUUAUAUGUUCUGUCUCGAGCUGAUGAUGUGAUCAAUAUUGCAGGACACAGAAUUUCAGCAGGUGCAAUUGAAGAGUGUGUUCUCCGCCAUCAUGCUGUAGCAGACUGUGCUGUUGUAGGCCAGGAGGAUGCCUUAAAAGGGCACGUUCCCUUUGCGCUCUGUGUGCUGAGAGACGAUGUAAAGACAGAAGAGAAGAAGAUUUUGGAAGAUAUUGUUGAGCAAGUUCGAAAUAACAUUGGUCCUGUGGCAGCUUUCCAGAAGGGGGUGUUUGUGAAACAGCUACCAAAAACACGUUCUGGCAAGAUACCACGUUCAGCUCUUUCUGCAUUGGUCAGUGGGAAGCCAUAUAAGAUAACGCCAACCAUUGAAGAUGCUAGUGUGUUUAAACACAUAGAAGAAGUGCUGAAGAAAAAGUAAAUGGAAUAAUGGGCCAGUAAAAGCGUCUGUUACUGAAAUAUGCAAAGACUUUCUAUUAGAAAAUACAUAUUUUAAAAAGGAAUUAUGAUAAUGAUAUGGGCAACUUUUUUUUUUUUUUUAACUUUUCUACAGAUACUGUGUUCUUUUACCAUAUUGUCAUAGUCAGUGAAGAAUACUGGCUCUGUGUGUUGUCACUGUAUGCUGGGUAUAAGAUUGCUAAGAAUUUUAAACAGAAUUCAUACCUUUCUCUAGCCUUCAAGGGGGAGUCACUGUAUUACUGUGAUAGAAUUGUGGAAUCACAGAACAGCUCGGGUUGAAAGGGACUUCAAAAGACCAUCACAUCCAGCCUUUCAUAGGAAAAAAGGGUACCUAGAAGAGAUUAUCUAGCACCCUGCUGAAUUGCAUCGUGACAGCCUCCAGUGAUGUGGAUUCUGUGCUGUUAUUGCAUAAUGGUACCAGUAACUUGAGUUUGACUAAAACAUCUUUCAGGUAAGAAUCAAACUAAAGACAGCAGAAAGUAGGAAUCCUAAUGUGAAAGUCACUGCAGACAUAACUUGUCUUCACUUAAAAAUUAUAAACCUUAUGCCUUUUAAA